CUAUUUUGGCAAACUUUGGACGGAGCCAAAUUAUAUCAUGCAUUUAAAACGCAGAGACCGAUAGCUGGAUUGUUUAUAUGGUGAUUUUAUAUUAGCCUACCUGGAAGAGUGGAGUCUGCAUGAGUGGCAUGUGUUUGGAGACAUGUCUCAAGGCUCAAGGACCAUGAAACCCGACGUGAAAAUCGUCAUUCUGGGGGACAUGAACGUGGGGAAGACUUCUCUCCUCCACAGAUACACAGAGAGGAGAUUUAAGGACACCAUCAGCACAGUCGGAGGGGCGUUCUUCCUCAAACAGUGGGGACCCUACAACAUUUCUAUAUGGGACACUGCAGGUCGAGAGCAGUUUCAUGGCCUGGGCUCCAUGUACUGCCGCGGCGCAGAUGCUGUCAUCCUCACCUAUGACGUUACCAACUGGCAGAGCCUGGCUGAGCUGGAAAACCGCUUCCUGUCCCUGACCGAUACUGCCAGCACUGACUGCAUAUUUGCCAUUGUGGGUAACAAAGCAGACCUUACUGACGCUCUCGCUCAAGAGCCAGAACCAAAGAGCGAGAGAUGGGACGAACCCCAGUCUGUGGUCACGUGUCCGACUCCUGCCCCUCUGCUUCAACACAAACAGGUCAGCAGAGAGGACGCCAUGGCCCUGUACGGCCGUGUGCUACUCUACAAGGGCCUGGAGGAGAAGGCCUGUCUGCCUGCUGAGAGGAUGUGCUUCGAGACGAGUGCUAAAACGGGUUACAAUGUGGACAUUUUGUUCGAAACCCUCUUUGAUCUGGUUCUGCCCUCCAUCCUGAAGAAAAGGAGGGAGGGAGAAAAUACCACUGUGGAUCUGGAGAUGCCAAUGGAGGUGAAAAAGACUAAAGAAGGAUGUUGUGCAUGAAAAACAUUGCAGGACAAAUAUAGGAGAUGUGGGAUUGUGUUGUCAGACAGUGCCAAAUGAGGAAUGGAUCAACC